GAGACGGACCAGUAAGAGAGCCGCACGGCAAGAUGGCGCUGCUCAUGGACACCAGACUACUGCUGAGAAAAGUUAAAGAUUUAAGAUGUCUAACGCAAAGACGUCACCGAGUGAAGGAAAAAUGGGCUGUCACACGUACCAAGUACCCUGCCACCACUCUGGCCCUGCAGAACUUUGAUGCCACCUACAGCGUCCAGCUGGGGCAGCUGUGGCCAUCUGUCCGAGCCGCCCUGCUGUCAGAGAGGAAAUACGGCGCCCUGCUCAAUAACUAUUGCCAUGAUGAUGUUCAGGCAGAGCUCCAAGCCAAGGGAUGCAAAGACUUCCCCACUGACAAAGAAAUAGAAGUGCAGCCGUGCUUGGAGCAAGAACCAGAAGUGGCCGGUGAGGAGGAAUCCUGUCGUGUUUCUGUGGAGAAAUCUGACCCUGAUGCUCAGCAGCUUCCUCCUCUACAGCUCAGCCCCAACAUCAAGUGCUUAGUGUUUCCAAGAGGUGACAUCACAAGAUUCAAACCUGCUAGACCAGACAUGUUUGGGUGUUUGGGUUACUACCUCAUGGACGCAGCAUCUGUGCUGCCUUGUCUUGCACUGAAUGUCCAGGAAGGUCACAAUGUGCUUGACCUCUGUGCUGCUCCAGGAGGCAAGACCCUAGCUCUACUUCAGACCAAGUCUAUAGGUUUUUUGUGCGUAAAUGACACCUCAGUUUCUCGGACAUCGAGACUGAGAAAAGUCCUUCAAAGCUACGUUCCCAAGCCAUUUUUGUCAGAAGGGAAACUACGCAUCACUUCCUUUGAUGGAACCAAGUGGGGGGAGAUUGAAAGGAACACUUUUGACAGAGUCCUUGUUGACGUCCCCUGCACCACAGACAGACAUUCACUCAUGGAGGACGACAACAAUAUAUUCAGUAAGAACAGAACGGGGGAGAGACGAAGGCUGCCGCAGCUACAGCUGGCACUGCUGCUGGCGGGGAUUGAAGCAGCUUGUCCUGGAGGGGAGAUUCUUUACUCAACCUGCACACUUUCUCAAGUCCAGAACCUGAGUGUGGUGGAGCAGGCCAUCCACACAGCUCGAGAAGACCACGGCAUCCACCUUCAGGUUGUAGAUCUGCGCCCCCUCGCACACAUGUUUAGGAAAACUUUUCAAUUUGCCCCCAACCUGCCACUGGGUGUGAUGGUCGUCCCGCAUAUAGCCGCUAACUUUGGCCCCAUCUACAUGUGCAAGCUGAGGAGGCUCGCAUAGACUGUGGACUGAUGGGACACUUUGCCCUAAUUAUCUGUGGACAUUUGAAUGACUUUGUUGCUGCUUUAUGGACUAAUGAGAGGACCCCCCGUGGAGUGCUGAAGCUCUGGACUACGGUUGGUAAGAUAUGACGGGACACACAAAAGAAUCCAGUUGAAGGACCUCGACUCUGGACAGCAUUGAACUGCAGAUUUUUAUGGAGACUUGGACUCAACCUACAGUUACAUUCAUACAUUGUGUAUGCUUUGAACUUUCUUUUUAUUUAUUUUGAAGAAAAAGGAAAUAACCACACUUGGUUACUCAGUAGCAUAUACAUUGAAUUGGCAUAAUUGAUCAAGGAAACCACACACAGCAUUCACAAAAGUUUAAAACAAGGUUGUACAUGGAAAGAACAAUCCCUCAGUGACGUUAAUUAUGCCAAACUGCUUUUAUUCCCAGAAAUAUGUCUCCCAUUUUCUUAGUAAAAGGUGAGUUUUCCAACCAAAAUGGUAUUGUGUACAAAAUAGGCAACAAUAUGAGAGACUUCCACUACUGAGGAUAAUGAGAUUCAUCUGCAGUAUUAUAAGCAAUUGAACAUUUCUUUUAUAUAUUCAAAUAAUUUGGUGUACUUCCUAAAAGGCAUGAAAGUGGACUCAUCUUUACGUGUCCUCUAGAAUAAAUGCAUUUUUUGUCCCCUGAUUUGACUCCA